AUUAACGUUUUUAUUGUAUCUAAAUAAACUUAUUUACACAUACAUAUAUAUUCAUUGCUAUAGAUUAUAGAUUAAGUGAUUAACCGAAGUAUAUAGACUAAUCUUACUCGGUUAAUUAACUGACUUAAUUAAUUAUUUAAUAGCAAUGCUGAAUAAAUUAACGGCACACAUGAGACGAACAAUGCUAAUUAUAACCGCACGGUUUUGCUCGGUCAUUUUUCUAUCGAUUGGCCGUGUUGCGUGAAUAACUUACCGCGUUUGUUCUAUCGAUUAUUUCGUGCUUGUCCAGCCCAGUAAAUGAUAGCAUUAGUCGAACACGGACUCUAUCGUUGAACAUCCUUUAGAGAAACGUUGUUGCGUCAAGCGAUUUUUAAGGAGAUUUGCCGCGUUAAAUAUGACAGUGAUAAAAUUAUUUUUAAGAACAGAUUGUUAAAAGAAAAUUCGUGCGCGAUAUAUCGCACCUUAUAAUCUUGAUUUAGGUAAGUAGAACAAAGAACAGGUGUUAGCACCAGAGGGAAUCGGCUCGUGUUUCUCGAAAAUAAUGCGAGUUUUUUUUUUUUUUUUUUUUUUAGACCAUUUACAUGGACGCAAUCCUCUUUCGUCAAUCUGUCAUCGCGCAUUGAACAUAGACGCAGACUUUAUUAUAGAAACAUGAGCGGUCUCGACAACUAAAUUUUUAAUACGAUCACGCGGACAAUGAGGUGCAAUGCGAGUGUCCGAACGGGAUAGACAUGACACUAUCUUAUUACGAAUGUAACUUUGAUCUCAAAAACAACAGCAACAGUGACGCGAUCGAGUCAUACGCGUGCACAUCCGAAUAUUGUUUGUAUUGUCGUAAUUCGCAGUGCUGUCUCAUACUGCAACGGCGACCAACACGUCAUCUCUGGGAAACCUGGUAUUUUUGGCUCGGCGUUGCUUUGCUCGCUGUUUUUCUUAUUUUUUCGGUGAGCAGCUACCUAGUCAGUAAUCACAGACAUAACAUUCAAGGUACAAUUCCGAUCGGACAAAAUGCAGAGAAUGUCGACGAUAAUAGACGGAAUGACCGACAGUUCAAUCAGCCGAGAAAUAAUCAGGAUCAGAUAUCUAUAAGCGUAAUCCCUUCAACAUUCUUGCCGCAAAGAAAGAUGUUGAUAAUCGAUGCGCAGCCGAGCAUCAUGCAUAUGACACCCGUUGUUGCGUAAUAAAGCGCCACUUUGCCGGUUGCGAGAUCGAAACGAAUGGGAAACGUGACGUUCUCUCUGCAACGCUUACAUCUCGCAACACGAUAAUACACGCCACGGCACGCAUAUAAUCGCUACGUCUUCUCGUCUUCGAUGAAACGUCGUAGUCUCGCUCUAUUACGGAGACUCACGCAACACUUAACUUGACUAACACUUGUUUAUUUCACGUGUAACAACCGGUAGCUGGCUAUAAUGCGCCAAGAACAUGAAGAACUUCCGAUAGUCGCGAGAGAGAAAGAGCUUUACUCUUCGAGAUAUGAAUUCCUAUGAUUAUUUUUUUAUAUAAAAAUUGAUAUCAACUUCCGUAACGGAUUUAGAAUUGUUGUGGACCGAAUAAAUUUCACUGUUUUUCGUGAUUAAUGUGCUACUACAGGGUGUCUACUUCCUAGAAAAAUAUAGAGAAUUCUCAGGGAUAUUUUUUAUAUCUGGAAAAAAAAAAAUUAGACGAUUCUCAUGGAAUUUUAUUGAAAUUCGGGAUAUUUUUUUUAAAAUGGUUCUUUCUUGGAUAAUUAUAUAUAUUGUAAGCAAUCGAUUCAUAUUAGAUUGACCAAGUUGUGAGAUAAUUAUAUAUAUUCAAAAUAUAUUAUAAAUAUGUAUCUAUUUCUGUUUGUAUAUAUAUCCAAUGUCUUAACAAAUUAUAGAAUGUGCAGUUCAUAUUUUUUAUUGUAAUUUUUAAUAAUAAAAAAAUAAAAAUGUUAUACGGGC